UGAGCGCGAUGAGCUCCGGCGGCGCGGCGGCGCGGUCCGGAGAGGGCAGUCCCGGGGAGGGUGCUUUCGUUCCGUCGGCGCUGGGGACCCGGGAGCAUUGGGAUGCUGUCUAUGAGAGAGAACUGCAGACUUUCCAAGAAUAUGGAGAUACGGGAGAAAUAUGGUUUGGAGAGGAGAGUAUGAACCGGCUAAUAAGAUGGAUGCAGAAACACAAGAUUCCUUUGGAUGCUUCAGUGCUUGAUAUUGGAACUGGAAAUGGUGUUUUCCUGGUUGAACUUGCAAAAUUUGGUUUCUCUAAUAUUACUGGAAUUGAUUACUCUCCUUCUGCAAUUCAGCUUUCUGGAAGUAUUAUAGAAAAAGAAGGAUUAUCUAACAUUAAGUUGAAGGUAGAAGACUUUUUGGAUCUUUCCACAAAGCUGUCUGGAUUUCAUAUUUGCAUCGACAAAGGGACUUUUGAUGCCAUAAGCCUUAAUCCUGACAAUGCAAUUGAGAAGAGGAAGCAAUAUGUGAAAUCUCUCUCCAGGGUGUUGAAAGUAAAAGGCUUUUUUCUAAUAACCUCCUGUAAUUGGACCAAGGAAGAGUUGCUGAAUGAAUUCAGUGAAGGAUUUGAACUUUUUGAAGAGCUGCCAACACCCAAGUUCAGCUUUGGAGGCAGAUCUGGAAACAGUGUAGCAGCAUUGGUUUUCCAAAAAAUGUCUUCAGGAGAAGCUGCGGAGUCUUCCUCUUCGUUACUGUCCUCACCGAUUGUGUACAGGAACUGAGCUUUUUUAGUAGACUUUUUGGGUCACCUUGGCUUUCAGUAGGGCCUCCUCAACUGUCUUGUCGCUGAAGAGGCCUCAGGGGAAGUUUUCUCAUCAUUUUGCUGUCUCCCCAGCAGUUUAGUAAUCCAGGAGCAGAUGUAGUUUCGUUUUGUUUUGUUUUUUCCACAGCAGAUAGUUUUUUCCCCUAUGUCAGUAGAUGGGUCCUCCUCAUCUCCCCUGUUACUUGGCCGCUUCUCCACCACAUCCUCAGGGGGAGCGUCAGUUGACUGCGUUGUCAUGUGCACCCUGUUUUGUGGCCAUUUGCCGAUUGUUCUGACCUACUUCCUGGGGUGAACAGUAGAUCUUGAUCUCUGAGGAAGUAUUCUUCCAUCCUUGGGGCAAGAUAAGAAGAGCUGGCCACGAUGUCGGUGCUUCCGUGCAGAGUGACGCGCUGCUCCCAGGAGAGCAGCAGUGCCACGGUCAGGCCCACAGAGGAGAACACUCACGUCUGCUAGGCAGACAGCUAUGGUGACUGUGCCCACAACAGUUCCCUGCCUGUCAUUUCCAUGUUUUCUUUAUGAUUUAAAAAAAUUUCCUGUAACUGCUAAGCAGUGGAAAACUUCAGAGCAGUAAAUUAAUUUACAGAAAGCAUGUAUUCUUGAUUUUUGUGCCUUGGUAGAGUUGAACUGAAUAUGACUGUUUAUGAAGAUUUGACCAAACUAUUGCAGCACUAGAAUAAUAAGCAAAACAACUUAGUGUUUUAAUAAACUACUGAUGAUAUAUAAGAAAUACUA